AUGCUCGCAUUGCUCGCCGGGCGAGCGUCGCGGGCGUUGUUGUGUCUGCUUGCUCUGCUUGCGCUGAGAAGUCGCGUUGUGGCACUGGAUCCGCUGGACGCAGAGCCUGUGGGGGCCGGUGAGUCGGCCAAGGACUCCGGUGAUGUCGUUGCGCUAAGGCUUUUCAGCCCUGUAAGGUCUACUACGCAGGAAGCCAUCAAAGCAGAGGUCAUUGCGGCGGAGGCCGCGUUAGAACUGCGAGCUGAAGUUGACGGCCUUCCGGUUGUUUACGACUCCCCAGCCGUGUCGAUUUCUCUGCGGAAAGUCAGCCCAGAGGCGCUGAUACAGAAUGGAGCAGAAGUUGAAGCGCCAGAUGGCGCAUCUGUUAAGAUCCCAGCAGAUCCUCGCAUCAAAGGUCGACAUGGAGGACCUGUUACGGUCACAGUCACCAGCUACCACGCGGGGGAUGCUGUGAAGGAGAUGCCUAAGGUGAAGUACGGGGCGCAGCAGCAACUGCGACCUGAGCCAAUGAAAAAUGCAGAAGCAAAUUCAAGCAUCAUGGGAAACGAUAGUGUGUCCAAUAUGUCCAAUGCAACCCAAGAUGCCAAAAACGAUCGUGUAGAUUUCUUCAUGACGAAGACCAGCGUCAGCUGGCGUGGCACGGUGGAUGUCAAAGUACCUGGGUUGUCGGCUCAGGUGCCUGCACAUGAUCGGCCCUGGACACCGUAUGGCGAAAACGUACUGUAUCCAGAAGAGAAGGCAGCCGUGCGGGAGGAAUUGGAGCGCUUGUCCUCGUUGUCGGACGAUGAGAAACUGCGCGGCUGCCGUAAGCUGGCCCGGCAGUGGCAUCCAGAUAAGCAUCCUCUUGAGGAUCGUGAGAAGGCAACAGAGAUCUUCGAGUACAUGCAAGAACUCAGGCUUGCACUUGGCCUCUCAGCUCGAGGGCAUACAGGAGAAUCGGAGCAAGAGUAA